AUGAAAGAGAGUGAUUACACAACUAGUGAUGUGACAAUUGACAUAAAUGUCAAUAAAUCCGAUGUUUUGUCGGACUAUGACUCGGGAUAUACAAUAGCUGAAGAUUUGUGUGAAAUUGACGAAAUAAUCGACAAAUUGCUUCCGGAUGACUAUCAACAGUCAAAACAAACAAAUAUAAGCUCAAGAGUUGAUCACAUAAAUCAAACGUUUGCACAAUUUGAUCGCAUUAUGAAACUUGUGUCAAACUACUCAACAAAUUUAAGUCCAAUAUUUCAGAAACUAAUGGCUCGGUUCUCGACUAUUAUAUAUGAGAUUUCAUUAGAGCCCUUAUGUAUGGCAUCAUUGGUUACAAUUGCCGAAGCAAUAAACAAUAGGCAUUUAUGGGCACUCAAAUUUAUUGACUCUAUGGGAGGCAUACCAUCCGGAAUAUUGGAAGGCGUGUUGUCGAGUAUUGGUGAAUAUAAUGAGUGUUUAGAUAUUAAAAGCCCCGCAAACAGCCAAAUAGCAAUCACUGGUCAGUACUGUUUGGCAAAGCCUAUAAUACCUCAUCCAAAAAGACAUACAUAUAAAAGUGGUGAACCAUUCAAUAAUUUAUUUUCACUACCCGAUCAAUUUGUCGAUGAAGUCAUAGAUGCACUUUAUUUGGUUAACGGAUCACUUAUUAAUAUAGGAAUAUGUAUUCCCUCUACUUGUAAGCCAUCAGAUGUGGAAAAUGCAAUAAAUCAAAUAUUCUUCCCAUUAAUUCAAAUGCCUAUUCAAAUAGGACCAAUAUGUAGUAUCAAGGAUGCACCCUUAAUAUUAGAUAACUAUCAGUUAAUGGCACUAUCUAUUUUUCUGACAUUGCUAUUAAUAACAAUAUUGGCCGCUAUUUAUGAGUACUAUAUAAGUUCAUCUUUAUUGCCGACAAAUAAUGUCGAUAAUAACACUUUAAAGAUAUCAAAAAUAUCUCAAUUGAUUAUAUCGUUUUCAAUCAUUUCCAAUACAAAAGCAAUGUUCAAGAAAUCUACCAAAAAGUUUGUUAACAUUGAUUUCAUCAGAUUUGUUAUGUUAUUGCAAACCAUUCUUAUGCAUCAAUACUAUGUGUAUAUGUUUUGGAGUGCAAUACCAUUAACCAAAAGAUUGAUGACUGGUAUGACCAGUAAAGUGGGAACGGAUUAUAAAUAUGCUUUCCUUCGUAAUGUACACAAUACUGAUUUUUUCUUUGCUCUCUCUGGACUUUUAACGGCCUAUAGUAUGAUUGGUGCUCUUGAGAGAAGCAAAGGAAAGUUUAAUUAUAUAAAAUAUAUUAUUAAUAUAUAUUUGCGAUUUUAUCCAUCAAUAUUUGGCGUAAUACUAAUGUAUUAUAUAUUACCACUGUUGGGAAGCGGACCCUUUUGGCACAGGGCUGACACUCAAUAUGUCGAGUCGUGUCGAAAUCAUUUGUUGUCUAAUCUAUUAUCUUUCAAUUAUUAUAUACUGGAUUUGGAUGAAUUUGUUCAGUCAUCGAUGGUUUGUUGCAUUAUAUUUUAA